AUGUCUGGUCUAGGCAUGCUGCCUUCAUCUCAGAGCAGCAAUGCUGCUUUGCCGAGCUCUCCCAUAGCUGCAUCUUCAAGCAGCAAACCCAAGGGCCAGCCAUCCAUUACACCUCGACGCUUCACGAGGUUCUUUACCCCCAUCACAUCACGUUCAUCCACGAAAUCAAAGUCAAACAAGAGACUCAAGGACAUCACCAAGAACGCUGUCAAUCAAGUCAAGUUUAAUGGCUUCCACGACCUUCCNCAAUUUGAGACACCACGAAAGAAGAGAAAGGUACUACCUACUCCUGACAGCUCGCCUGUCCAGCCACUCGAUUCCUCGCCAUUGAGACCACUCGACUACCACCCCUCCAAUCUCUCCCACCAGCAGCACUACAACUUUGAUGCUUCAGAUAUAGACGAAGAAGACGAAGAGGAAGAGGAAGAAGAAAAGCAUUACCCGACACCCAUCACACGCCUGCCUAAUACUGGACCAAGCAGCCGUAUCUUGCAACGAAGCUUCGGUGGCUCAAGGAACAUCGGCCGUGGCAGGAUCCAAGACCACUGUGUGCCAGACUGGCGUGCCCAAACCGCUGACUUUUACUCUCGCCCCGAUGACUGCCACAGUUACCGUGGUGACGCUCUACCUUUCUGUGUGACUCGUUGCAACACCAACUCUCUCGUUGCUAUCGGCGAUGAGGAAGGUGGUGUGAGACUAAUUGACUCGGCUUAUGCGGACAACUCCUUCUCCCACCACCACGUUAGCUUCAAACCUCACCGCAACGCUAUCAUGGACAUGGCUUUCUCCUCUGACGACUACCUGUUUGCUACCGGUUCAGGUGAUCAGACUUCCAGGAUCGUCGACAUGCACACUCAGCAAACACGAUACAUCAUGCGCAGCCACACAUCAUCUGUGAAGCAGGUUCGUUUUCAGCCUGGUAACGAUAGCAUUGUCGCUACCUCGAGUCGUGACGGUAGUGUUAUGAUCUGGGACUUGCGUUGUCGCGGUCAGGAUGCUCCGGUCGCAGACUUUGCUGUCAGCUUCGAAUCCGGCAAUGGUAUGGUGAAUGUUCCGCGACCUCAGAACAAUNNCCCCCUCACGUAUGCCUCGUCUGUCAACAGCAUGCGUGACGCUCAUGGCCUGCAGCACGAGCGUUCAGAUGUCUCUAUCACUGCCUUGUCCUUUCUGUCUGACUCACGCUCCCACUUGCUGCUCACUGCCACCGAAGCAAACGCCAGUAUCAAAUUGUGGGAUCUUCGUGGUAAAUACACAUCUCGCCGAGGUGGCCCUUCACGUCUCAGUUCAGUCCCCGUUUCAAGUACUCGCGAGCCAGAAGCUCAUAUCAAGAACCGUCAAUUUGGCAUUAGUAGUCUGUCAUUGAGUGGUGAUGGUAGCCGCUUCUACGCUCUCUGUCGCGACAGCACUGUUUAUGCCUACUCAACCAAUCAUCUUAUCUUGGGCUCUGCUCCUGAGUAUGAAGCCUUUAACAACACACAAGCUUCAAAGUGGUUCCGACCUCGACAAGGCCUUACCGGUAUUGGCCCAUUGUACGGUUUCCGUCACCCCAUGUUCAAGUCAACUUCCUUCUACGUGAAGUCUGCUCUGCGCCCUGCUACUUUGUCUCAGCCCGAGAUGCUGGCUGUUGGUAGUCGCGAAGGUUGUGCUGUCCUGUUCCCUACAGACGAGUCCCUUCUGCAGAAGAAGCAAACCCAACUGACCACCUCAGGCACCACUAUUCCUGCUGGCGAUCAGGACGAGGUCUCAGGUUUCCGUUCGCGAAACGAAUCUAUGGGGAAGUACCAGGAAACUUCACUGCCCAUCUAUACUCAGGGCACCGCAUUGAUCCGUGGUCAUGGCACUUCCGAGGUCACUAGCUUGGCAUGGAGUACUGAGGGUGAGCUCGUCACACUGGGCGACAACUUCACGGCAAGAUGCUGGCGAGAGAAGGAUCGCAAUGCUGCAAGAGAGAUGAGAAUCUGCGGUGAGGGUCAAGGCGCUCGUUGGGGUUGGGGUUGGGCAGACGUUGAAGGAUACGAUGAGGAGGAAGGUUGA